GCAGCGGGGCGGCGGGGCCAUGACCUCGGUGUGGAAGCGCCUGCAGCGCGUGGGCAAACGGGCCGCCAAGUUCCAGUUCGUGGCCUGUUACCACGAGCUGGUGGUGGAGUGCACCAAGAAAUGGCAACCGGAUAAGUUGGUGGUGGUGUGGACCCGGCGGAACCGACGCAUCUGCUCCAAGGCCCACAGCUGGCAGCCGGGCAUCCAGAACCCUUACCGGGGCACCGUGGUGUGGAUGGUACCUGAGAAUGUGGACAUCUCCGUGACCCUGUACAGGGACCCCCACGUGGACCAGUAUGAGGCCAAAGAGUGGACGUUUGUUAUUGAAAAUGAAUCCAAGGGGCAGCGGAAGGUGCUGGCCUCAGCCGAGGUGGACCUGGCCCGCCACGCGGGGCCCGUGCCUGCCCAGGUUCCGCUGCGGCUGCGGCUGAAGGCCAAGUCGGUGAAGGUGGUACACGCGGAGUUGAGCCUCACCCUCUCGGGGGUGCUGCUGCGAGAGGGCCGUGCCACGGACGAUGACAUGCAGAGUCUUGCCAGCCUUAUGAGCGUGAAGCCUAGUGACGUGGGCAACUUGGACGACUUUGCUGAGAGUGACGAGGAGGAGGCUAAUGGUCCCGGGGCCCCUGAGGCUCGGGCUCAGGCCCCCCAGCCAGGCCGGGGUGGUGCCCUCAGGCCGGGGCGGCUCCCAGACCACCCUCGAGAGCUGAAGACACUCCGUGAGGAGGAGGAGGGCCGAGCACAGCCCCGGCAGGCAGCUGCCAGCCCGUCUAGUACUGAGGAUACCAGCCCAGCCCCUGUGAGUGUCCCUGCGCCCCCAGCCAGGGCCUCCCGGGGCCAGGGGUCAGAACCAGCUACUGUAGUUGGGGGCCAGGUGGGGCCUGAAGCCCCAAGGCCCCCUGGAACCCCACUGGAGACAAGGUCCUCAAGACAUCCAGACCAGGAUUUGGCCCCCAUCCCGGCCCCUCGGCUCCGGAAAGGCUCUGAUGCCCCCUGGCCCUCAGUCCCCCAAGGGAAAGAUGAGGCCCCCAAAGCCUCAGGGGCUCCCCCAGCAGGAGUGGGUUCUGCUGGGGAGACCCAGGCCCAGGCAAGCCCUCAGGAAGGGACAGAGGCCCAGGGAGCCAGGCCGAGCCCAGGCGUUGAGGAUGGAGGCUGCAGAAACUCUUUGGAAGGGCAGAAAGUCAAGGCUGAGGAAGGUGCCAUUGGGGACAGGCCAGAGGCCAGUGGGGUGGACACUGAGCAGGGGUCAGGACCCAGAGGCGUGAACACCAAGAGGUCAGAGGUCAGAACUGGGGAGGCUGAAGAGAGUUCAGAAGUUAGUCAAGUGGAUGCUGAGCAGAGGUCAAAGGUGAGACAUGUGGACACUAAGGGACCAGAGGCUGCAGGGGUGAUGUCUGAGGCAAGGUUCAGGGGAACUCCUGAGGCUCCUCUGAGGGCCUCUCAGGGGAGGACAGGGGUCAGGACCCGGGAUGAGGCUCCUACUGUCCAGAGCUCACCCCCAGCAGAACCUGCAGGGCAUUCCAGGCAUCUCAGUGACUCCGAGGGGUCCAGGGCUGCUGCAGGCCAGGAGAGAGAGGGUGCAGAGGUGAGGGGCGGGGCCUCUGGUGUUGGGGGGACAGGCCUGGAGCAGGGCCCCUCUGUUGGAGCAGCAAGCACCAGGCCCCAGGUGAGCAGGUCCCAGGAAGCCCCACCCACAGCUGACCAGGGGGCAAUGUCUAGGGAUCUGGGGGUCUGGGAGGCAGAAACUGGGGUCUUGAGCGUCCUGGGAACAGAGAUGGGGAUGACGGAAUCAGAGGUUUUGGGGACCCAGGAGACAGAAGCAGAGGGGUCAGCGUUCCCACAGAUAGAGAGCAAGACAGCAGGAGCUGAAAGGCUGGAGGCCCAGGAGACAGAGGCAGUGAGGUCGGGGGUCCCUGAGCCAGAAGCCGCUGGGAUGGCAGAGUCUGAGGAACCGGAGACCCAGGAAACGGAGGCUGCGGCUUCAGGAGUUCUGAGAACAAAGACGGGGGUGGCAGAGACUGAGAUAUUGGGGGCCCAGGUGAUAACAGGGGGCUCGGGGGUACUGAGAAUAGAAGCUGAGCUAGCAGAGCCUGCAAUAUUGGGGGCCAAGGAGACAGAGGGGGGAGGGUCAGGGGUCUCGGCAAUAAAAUCUGAGGCAUCAGGGACCCAGGAAACAGAAGUAGCAGGUUCUGAGGUUCCAGGGUUUGAGGCUGAGACAGCAAAGGCAAAGAUACUGGGGACCCAGGAGAAAACAGCUGAGGGUUCAAGGGUCCCCGAGAUAGAAUCUGAGGUAGCAAGAGUCCACGAAGCAGAGGUAGAGGGUUCAGGGAUCCCAGGGGUGGGGACUGAGACAGAGGAAGCUGAGAUAUUGGGGACCCAGGAGGUAGCAGCUGUGGGUUCAGGGGUCCCAGGGGUGGGGACUGAGACAGCAGAAGCUGAGAUAUUGGGGACCCAGGAGGUAGCAUCUGGGGGUUCAGGGAUCCCAGGGGUGGGGACUGAGACAGCAGAAGCUGAGAUAUUGGGGACCCAGGAGGUAGCAGCUGGGGGUUCAGGGGUCCCAGGGGUGGGGACUGUGACAGAGGAAGCUGAGAUAUUGAAGACCCAGGAGGUAGCAGCUGGGGGUUCAGGGGUCCCAGGGGUGGGGACUGAGACAGCAGGGGCCCAGGAGACAGAGAUGGGGGAUUCAGGGGACUCAGGGCCAGAGGUUGGAAUGGCAGAGGCUGAGGGACUGGGGACUCAACAGACAGAAAGGACCGUUUUGGAGGCUGAGAACGCUAAGGUCUCUGGGGUCCUGGAGGCAGAGGCGGGGCUCUGCGGGAGCUUCAUGUAUGAGGCGUUAAAGGCCCCAGUUACUAAGCAUAGAGUUUUAAGGUCCCAGGGAGCAGAGGCAGAGGCUGCAGUUUUGAGGGUCCAGGAGUUGGAGGCUGGGGAUUUGGGGAUUUCAGAGGCCACGUCUGGGGUGUGGGGAGCCCCUGAAGCAGAGGUGGAAGCUUUAGGUCCUCCAGAGAACCAAUCUGGUGUUUUUGAGGCCCAGGAAGCAGAGGCUGGGGUCUUGGGAACCGAGAAGGGGAGAGAAGCUGAGGCCGGCCUGACUGAGACGCAGGUGGCCAGUGGGGCAGGGGCUGGGGUGCCCAGGCCCUCAGGGGCCUCUUCCCCAGAGGAGCCUGAAGAGGACAGGAGGCUGCCCGGCAGCCAGGCACUACCUACCCUGGUCAGCUCCAGCCAGUCCCUACUGGAGUGGUGCCAGGAGGUCACCGCUGGCUACCGGGGCGUCCGAGUCACCAACUUUACUACAUCCUGGCGCAACGGUUUGGCUUUCUGUGCCAUCCUGCACCGAUUCUACCCAGACAAGAUCGACUAUGCCUCCCUCGACCCACUCAACAUCAAGCAGAACAACAAGCAGGCCUUCGAUGGCUUCGCGGCCCUGGGCGUGUCCCGGCUGCUGGAGCCCGCGGACAUGGUGCUGCUGUCGGUGCCGGACAAGCUGAUAGUCAUGACCUACCUGUGCCAGAUCCGCGCCUUCUGCACGGGGCAGGAGCUGCAGCUGGUGCAGCUGGAGGGCGGGGGCGGAGCUGGGAGGAAUGACUCUCCCAUUUUGCAGGAGUCAGAGGUGGCCGGAGAGAGGGAGCUCCACGGAAAGAGAGGCCGCAGUUGGCCGCUUCACAGCCUUUCACCCCUGACUCUCACCAAUACUCUGUGGGGACCCAGGGACAAGGUUGGUGAGGCUCAGAGAGUGGGAGUCGACUGGCCAGGCCCACAGGGCCAGGGAUGGAGAUUCUUCCUAGAGGAGCUAGGGGCUGGGGUGCUGUGCAUGCAGGCCUGGAGACACAGCUGGAUGGGCAGGGUAUGGAACUGCGGGUCCUUCCCUCCGUGUGUAAGGCUCUGGCUGGGUCCAGCGUGGCAUUGUUGGGGAACCCCUCCAAGCCGUCACUGUCUCCUUCCUCCACAGGAAGGCCUGAGCCCUGCCCCCAGCCCACCCACAGCCCCAGCCCCAGCCCCACAGCAGCCCUCUGGUGGCAGUCCCCCAUUGGAGGAGCCAUCCCCAAACCCAGGGGAAGAGGCUGGGCUGCAACGGUUCCAGGACACAAGUCAGUACGUGUGCGCAGAGCUACAGGCCCUGGAACAGGAGCAGAGGCAGAUAGAUGGGCGGGCAGCUGAGGUGGAGACGCAGCUGAGGAGCCUUAUGGCAUCAGGUGCCAACAAGCUGCAGGAGGAGGUGCUGAUCCAGGAGUGGUUCACACUGGUCAACAAGAAGAACGCUCUCAUCCGGAGGCAGGACCAGUUGCAGCUGCUCAUCGAGGAGCAGGACUUGGAGCGGAGGUUCGAGCUGCUGAGCCGGGAGCUACGGGCCAUGCUGGCCAUCGAAGACUGGCUGAAAACGGCGGCGCAGCAGCACCGGGAGCAGCUCUUGCUGGAGGAGUUGGUGUCGCUGGUGAACCAGCGCGACGAGCUGGUCCGGAAUUUGGACCACAAGGAGCGGAUGUGA